CUUCACCCUCUCUGUCGGUUCCUCUUCUUUUUCAUUUAUUACUACUUUAAUAAUCUGCACAAUAGAAACUCCCCACUCUUUGUUUUCUUGAAAGUUCUUAUCUUUCUCAAAGAACCCUGCUCAAACCGCUUGAAGAUUUUAUUCUUCAGGAGGGUUUUAACGACGUUCAUUAUCCACUAUAGCAUCCCUCUCCAUGGAUGUUUUAGAGAGAAGGAUUUCAUCCUGCUAUGCCAAACCUCCAUGGAUAUUCAAAGGAAGUGCCUUAUACCAGAUUCAUCUUGUGAAGGCUGCGACUGCUCGAGCAUUCAUCCCUAAGGAGCUUCGAUUAGUUGAAGCUUUUGGAUACACUCUUGGUGGGUUUUUCCUCGCUAGCUACGAUGAUAGCCCAGCUGGUGUCUUCGAUGAGCUUGUGGUGAUUGCAGGAACUGUAUGGAACCCUCCUACAUCAUGCGCAUGGGCCGCGAGGGUGCUUGUAAACAGUGAUGAGGCGUGUCAUCACGGACGCAAGGAAGUAGGACUACCAAGCCAAGUUGCAAGAUUUUCAAAAAAAAUAACAGCAGUUCCAAAGGGGAAAAGGGAGAGAACUUUUGGUUUCUUGGACACAUUUAGGCUAGGAACUUCUCUGUCUCACCCUGAAGAUAUGGUGGAGGUUAAGGUUAGUGAAGUUGAUAGUGCUGCUUCUGCUGAUAUCUGCAGUAUCAAAUUUAGAUCAGAUGAAAUGGAGAAAAAACUCGGAAACUGGAUGGGACCAGCAAUUAAAAUGUCACUACCGAGUUUUAGUGGAAAUACAAAGUACUUUCCGAACCUGCUCAAAUACUCUUGCCAUCUCCAGUGCAGGGUGAGGCCGGUGAGACCUGCGGUAGUAUCACAUCCUUUGGACAAUGAGACAGAUUCAGAAGAGAAUCACACAUCACAAGAGUUGCAUGAAAAUGAAAGGCGGUUAAGUGUAGCUGUAAUGCUAUCAAAACCAAUCAUAGCCCUUGAAUUUAAAGACUUAACAAUGCAAGUAGAAGCUCCUGUCGUAGUUUAACACAACACUCAACUUCCAAGAACAUACACUUCCUUCCUACCACAAGGUUCACAUCUUUUACAACAACAAAAAUAAAACAAAUCUUUCCGCUUUUUUUUUCUUGGCUUUUUUUCGCCGAUUAAAUAAACCAUAUUCUUAGGUUAAACCAUUUGCCAAAAUCUUUACAAAAGCGAUCACGGUUAGUAUCAGAACUCUUCAGGAAGAGGAUGACCGUCCAAGAACGCUUUGAAAAGCACUAGUGAUCUAUGAGGCUGUGAGAAUGGGACCUCAUGUGAAGCUCCUCGCACAGUUGCAAAUGACAAGACAUUUCCAUAGACUUGAGUCCAGCCACCAACCUGAAACAACAAA